AUGGAUAUGGACAUGUCAAUGUCAAUGUCAAUGGCCGUGACCACAGCCACUACCACCGCCAUGAACAUGGCCACCUCAACCUCAACCACAAUGUCCAUGGCUACCUCAACCUCCAUGUCGUCCAUGUCUUCCAUGUCCAUGACCACCUUCACCACAACCUUCCCCACCGCCCCCCUCCUCUUCCCGCACCUCCUCCCCACCACGCCCGCCUCCCUCUUCGGCAUCUGGCUCCUCAUCUUCAGCACGGCCAUCCUCUACCGCGGGCUCACCUUCCUCAAGACGCGUCUCGAGGCCACCGUCUGGGCCGCUUCCCGCAAGGAGCAUGGGUAUACGUAUGCGCAGCCAUUCUCCAUUACUCGUGAUGGAGGCCGUGGCGCGCUGGAGCUGCUAACGGCGGUUGUGGGGUAUGGGCUUAUGUUGGUUGUUAUGAGUUUUGUUGUGGUUUACUUCUUUGCAGUUGUUGUUGGGCUGGCGGUGGGGGAGAUGGUGUUUAGGAGGUUAGAGGCAGGGCUUGAGGCGGGGGGGAGGCAGAGAGGGCAUCAUUAA